ACCGACAUGUCGCCUUUUGCAGGUAAUGUAAGCUCUUAUUUGGUUACCCACCAACAUUGUUCGCUCACAAAUGCGAUACACAAUUAGGAGCCCAACCCGGCCAAUUCAGCAAAGCGAGACUGGCUUCGAUGUGCAGGGGCCUGCAGCCGAGGAGGGUGGUUCCAUCGUCGCUGUUUUAUGGACACUGUGCCGAAGAAGCCUGUUUGGUGGUGCCACGAGUGCAAACCCUCGUACCGACAGCAGGUUAAGGCUUGGAGGGCCACUGAACAGCUACAGACCGAGGCUUCCUUGGCUUUAUACCCAGCCCCUGCUAGCGACACUGGGAAACACAGCGCCAACGAUGACGAACCAGCCCUUUGUGAGUCCAAACAGCAGGUGCGAUGGCGGCAGGUCAGAGCACUCCGGUGCUGCGAGGAGGUCCUGACGAGAUGGAAGGGGGGAUGGCUGCUGUCGUCGCAAAUAAAGGGAAGAAGCGGUCAUAUGGAUCUCGCCCAUCGAGCCGACGAGAAAUCUUCGACCAGCUUAUUCUCGAUAAGCGAGAUGGAAAACGACCCUCGUUUUCGCAAAUUGGUGUUACCCAGCGACACACCUAUGGUCGCCCAACCACACUUCGAUUGCCUCCACUUUCCUUUCCAACUCUCGAUGCUCGUGCGAUCAGUCUUGGAGUCAAGCUUCCACCGAGGGCAAUCGAGUGGUUUGCUAGCAAGGAAACUGAGAUAGUUCUUGCUCACUGUCCUCGUCGCACUGCAGGUUGCUUCCAUCUCGUUCCUCCCGACGCAGCACUCCAGAGGCCUCCGACUUUCAUUGACUGCGACACGGUCAUAUAUGGUCUCGAUGAGAAAAACAACUACGAAAUUCUUGCAGUUCAUAUACCUGAUGCUCUUUCCUCCGAAGCGACGGUGGCAAUGUGCGACGUUUAUCACCGAUGGAUCGAACAAGCGAAACCCAACUCGCAGCCCCACAGGCAUCGUGUAAGUGUGCGAUUCAACCAGGAGCGAUCGGGUACCCAUCCGAAGCAGGGAACGGCGAAGUUCGGGCCUGCCAUUCAGGUGUUUGGAAAGCACGAGGCAGCAGCAGCGUCAGUCCUCUUGGUGAGAUCGCUAGGCCCAAUGCCGAAAGGUAAGUUGCCUUCCGAAUGGUCAUCGUGUCCGAGAAAUCUAACACCUCAUAGAUCCGAGGGUGCUAGGGAGGUUCACGAAGCCUAUCGCAGCCUCGGUAUUGCUGAACUUAUCCAUGCGAAAGCCUGGAUCAUAGCUCCUACUGAGUAUUCUGCCAACCGAUCGGCCAUUGCGAAGCUUUCUUGGAAGAUACGUCGCAACUCCCUAUCAACGAUUGCUGGUCGACACACACCCCAAUCGUUCUCACAGCACGCGUAAAGAUGGUUGUA